AUGUCGGACCACAGUAGCAGCACUGGAAGCAGCGGCUCGUCUACCAACAGCUGGACGCUCCUCACCCCUGAGGAAGCAGCCGCGGAAAAUCCAGGACAGCUGGAUGAUGGCACAGAGAGCCUGGGCGACGCCCCCAGCCUGUCGGAAGAACUGGUAGCAGCUGCUGUUGCAGAGAUCAAGCCCAGUGACAUUCCACUGCAGUGUGUCUUAUCAGAAGAAGGCCACCAGAUAUGUCAAGAAACCACCCCAGAGUCCGGUGACGGUCCAACCCUUUGCUGCCCUCUCCAGCCUGAUGAGCCCGAAGCCACGGAGCCGGAGAGUCAGCCUCCGGUCAUUCACGAUAUCGUGCUUAGCUCGCCCAGCGACAACGAGGACCCGAGCGCGGCCUUCGUAUCUAGCAUCGAUUUUGGAGCGCCGCAGGAUGUGACGGAACCCGAUGAGAGCACGGAAGAAGCCGUCACAGAACCCGUCACGGAUAAAACGGAGCCAGUCGUCGACGCGCCCCUCCCCGUUGAGAUAGUCACAGCCUCGGAACUUUCUUUGCGUGAAGAAGCUGAUGUUACGGAAGCACCAGCAGGCCCUGUUCCAGCUGAUCUCGUACCAGAGACCAUUGGCCUGACAGAGAAAGAGAUGUCUCCUGUGGUGGAGGAGGAAAAGAAAGAGGAGGAUGAAGAAGAGGAGGAGGAGAAAGAGGAGCUCUCUGUGUUAGAGAAGCAACAGGAGCAGGAAGAAGAAACCCCAGCUAGCUGCCACGAUGAGGGACUUCGCAGAAGAACCGCCCCGUCCGGCUCAAAAACAUCGGAUGAGGAAGACGAGGAUGAAGAGGAGGCUGAAAUGGAAUUCAAACUGCCAGAAAAAAAGGAGUACAAAAUGGCGUGGUCGGCAAAGAAGUGCAUCAUCGGUGUCGCCGUGUUGCUCAUCCUGGGCGCCCUGUUCCUAACCGGUGACUUGGAUCCCACUGAAGUACCUGUUGAAGAAAGCCAGCCUGACACUCUACCAAGCAAAACCGACACCGUCCUCAGUGCCAGACUAUCCACAGCUGAUAGGAAGCUUCAACCCAUGGAAGUCCAUGAAAGGAAAGUUUUGGAGCACCUGGAGAAGAACCGGCAGGAGAUCACAGCGGGAGUGAAGCGCUCAAAAAUAGAGCAGAGCGAACACAAGAAGAGAAAGGAGGACAGGAAGCACCGAGACGAGUGGGAGACCAAGAAGCUGGAACGUCUCCAGGACCGCAAGGAGAGGAGGAAAUCCAAGCCGUGGAAAAGCCACCAGAAGCAGCGCGCCAAUGACAUGGCCGACUUUUGGCGGGUGCAGGAGCAGAAGCUGCGGCGCCCCAUGCGCCCCCGCCACCCUUGCACCACAGUGGAAGUCUGCGCCGCACAAGAGGGCCUCUUCCCCGUGGAGCGGUCAGAGUUUGAGGAGCUCCUGGAGGGCUAUCUCAGCAAGCUGGAGGGCUCUCCAAGGGAGAGCAAGGACUACCUCCGCUGGCUGGUCGCCGAUUUGUUCAGCGGCAACGUGUUCCCGCACAACCGCCGGGCGUUCGGCGAUUUCGUGGAAGACGUGGCGGAUAUCCUGGAAGACAUGGCGGACGCCGCGGAGGGCGGCGACGAGGCCCUGGAGGAGGCCAUGGAGGAGUUUGAGAGGGAAGCCCUUUGGAAGUUUGCUCUUACAGAGAAACAGUGA